AUGGACAAUUCGCACCGGAGGAAGUGGGCAUCAGCUUGGAUUCUAAAGGCAAUGUCGAAACAUACGAUAUUUUGGACGACUCACAACACAGUCAUGCAGCUUAUUUUGAAGAAUUGGUUGCUUCAUUUUACACAGACGAAUGCAUUGUACAAUUCAGACAGAUGCUGGAUACAUAUUCCGAUGGGUUACAUUUGUUCGCCGCGCAAUCGCCAAUCACUGAAUUCCAUAAGGAUUGUUUGGGACACGAUGCCGAAGAAGAAAACGACAACAACAAUUUGGAGACAACAAGCGAACAGCAGUUAA